AUGCCGCCGACUACACGAGCCAAAGCCCGCCAGUCCGAGUUGGCGAAAGGCUCUCGCUUGCUCAAGUUACCUGCUGAGCUCCGCAACUACAUCUACGAGCUAAGCUUCUCCACAAAUCAGCACGAUGACGAGGUGAUGGACAUUUUCACGGCAUUAGCUCCGGAGAAGUCGCUGCUGCUUGUGUGCCACCAGGUCUACAAUGAGGCUUGUCAGCUGUACAAGAUCGCCUUCCGCAAUUUCUGUACUUCUGGCAAGUUCUCUAUGGAAGUUGAGCAGUCUGGCGUAGCAUUCUACACAUACUUCGAAGCAUUGCAGGUUCCCCAGCUUGAGCAUGUGGUCCACUUCCACGUCAAUUGGCUGGGCUUCACGAUGACCUUGCUAGAUAGACGUGGUGGUUGGCAUAUGAGAUACAAACUGUUCAAUGACUAUUUGCGGAUCUGGUACGCUCGUGGGAAUCUGCGGGCGGCUUCACAUCGUACGGAGAGCGAGUUUGCUGCAACAUAUGAUGCAGCAGCGCCUACUGUAUCUCUUCACAAGCAACUGCUCGACUACUUCGGCACCAAGCCAGAGCAAGACAACAGAAGAGCUUAG